GUUUGCCUUUGGGAGAUAGUACCAUAAUUGAAAAUGUUCCGUCCUUUUUCUUGUCGAAUACUUCGACGUCUUCCCUCUAUCUCACCGGCUGCAGGCGGUUUCUGUCGUCUCAUCCGCCGUCCUUUCACGUGCGGUGAUUUGCGGAUGUCGCCGUCAUCGGUUCCCCAGGUUCAACCACCCAUUUCGAUGGCGUUGCCUGGUGACUUCUAUCAACUCCUAUCGACAGAUGAAAAAGCCGGGGCUGCAGAGGAUGCUUUAUUUAGGCAACAAGUUCAGGAUGUUGAAGCUUGGUGGAAGACGCCCCGGUUCGAGGGUAUUAAGCGAUCCUACUCCGCAGCCGAUGUGGUCAGCAAGCGGGGAACAUUGCAACAAUCGUAUCCAAGCUCUUUGAUGGCCCAGAAGCUGUUCAACUUACUGAAUGAGAGAGCGGCCGAAAGCAAACCUGUUCACACCAUGGGUGCAAUUGAUGCUAUCCAAAUGACACAGCAGGCUGAUAACCAGGAGGCCUUGUAUGUAUCCGGCUGGGCGUGUUCCUCGCUGUUGACUACUACGAACGAAGUCUCCCCUGACUUUGGAGACUACCCUUACAAUACCGUACCAAACCAGGUUCAGCGGCUAUUCAAAGCCCAACAAAUGCACGAUCGAAGACAGUGGGAUUCAAGAAGAAAGAUGACUCCAGAGCAGCGAAAGCACACUCCCUAUAUUGAUUACAUGCGACCAAUAAUUGCGGAUGGUGAUACUGGACAUGGCGGCUUGAGCACCGUCCUCAAAUUAGCCAAGCUCUUUGCUGAGAACGGUGCUGCUGCUGUUCAUUUCGAAGAUCAACUUCACGGUGGAAAGAAGUGUGGCCAUCUUGCAGGCAAAGUUUUGGUACCUAUAGGAGAACAUAUUAACCGACUUAUUGCAGCACGUUUCCAAUGGGAUAUGAUGGGUGUCGAGAAUCUCGUCAUUGCUCGAACAGACUCAGAAAGUGGAAGGCUUAUUAGCAGUGCUAUUGACGUUAGAGACCACGAAUUUCUUCUUGGAAUCACGGAAGAUGUUGAGCCACUCGCGGAGACUUUACAAUUUAUGGAGAUGCAAGGAGCAAAACCGUCAGAUGUCGAUGCAUAUGAACUGAACUGGGUCAAGAAGCACAAACUUACGACUUUCGAUGAGGCCGUGGAUACGCAUCUUGAGGCUGAAGGUGCCUCGCAAUCAUCGCGCGAUGCAUAUAAGAAAAAUGUGAAGGAUAACCCGAAUUUAUCCAUCUCCUGCCGACGGACUUUGGCCAACGACUUUACCAAAACUCCUGUGACUUGGUCUUGCGACCUUCCCCGUACUAGGGAGGGAUACUACCACUAUAAGGCUGGUUUUCCUGCCGCGAUUAAAAGAGCAAAGGAGUUCGGGCCCUAUGCCGACCUUCUCUGGACAGAGACAGGUGAUCCAGAUAUCACCAAAGCUGCGAAGCUUGCAGGAGAGGUGCGGGCUGCUCUUCCGGGCAAGAAGCUAGUUUACAACCUUAGCCCAUCGUUUAAUUGGAUGAGUCAAGGGUUUGACGAGGCGUCUCUAAAGUCAUUUAUUUGGGAUCUCGCACAGCACGGUUUUGUGCUACAAUUGAUAUCCCUUGCAGGUGUUCAUUCUGGCGCAACAAUCACGGCUGAGCUUUCACGCGCCUUUAAAACUGAGGGCAUGCUCGCCUAUGUCCGCUUAAUCCAAUCCCGCGAACAAGAGCUCGCUAUCGAUGUUCUCACGCACCAGAAAUGGAGCGGUGCUCCUUAUAUGGAUGGUAUCCUUGGGACAAUCCAGAGUGGAAGCAGUAGUAGUAAGAGCAUGGGCCAAGGAAAUACGGAAACGGCCUCGGCGGGAUUGCCUGUGCUCGGUGGCUCUUACACGUAA